AUGAGGACGGAUGUGGUAUACGUGAUGAGAGGGGAGUGUCUUCGUCGUCGUUCAUCGUUCGCUCGUCGUCGAGGCGGAAUCACGCGCACGCUCAUCGACGACGACGAUGACGACGAUCGACGCACCAGCAGCAGCCUCGACGACAGCGCCGAGGGUGCUGUGGCCUACUACACUCCAGUCACUCACUCAUUGCAAGGGCCAGCAUCAGCCCUGGCUGUGCAGCACUACGUGGCCUAUGCCCCAGCAGCACCAGUCGUGGCUCAAUAUCAACCCGCAGCUGUCGUCGUCGGGCAGCAACACGACGAGUCCUCUGCUGCGCACCACUACCAACACCAGCAGUCCUCGUCCUCGUCCUCCAGGUACGGCGCUGGCUACACCAAGACCUCGUUCAGUGACGACGCCGCUGAGCACUUGGAAGCACACAGGAAGGCCGUCGAGGAACACCAGAAGGCCCAUGCGCUGGCCCUGCAGAAGCACCAGGAGGCCCUGCUCAGAGCAGCCGACAAGGCCAGUUGGUCUCUGCCUACAGCGGGCCACUCGUCACCAAGGAGGAAACCGAGCGUCUCCACGCCGAUGCCAUUUACAAAUUGCAAGGACUCGUUGCACAAAGGGACGCCAUCAACGCCAAGGGUGACCCGGGCCGAGGCCGAGUACCUGCACAGAGACGCCAUUGCCAAGCAGCAGGAGAUGAUCCGACAACAGGCUGCCAGACUCGACACGAGUGACGAGUCCUCCUACGAAGGCAGAGCUGAGAACGAGGCCCAGCUGAACAGGGAUGAGCAUAACGAGAAGGCCCUGCUGGCCAGGCAGGAUGCUGAGGUCCAACACCAAGUUCAGAUUGCAAAGGCACAAGGAGAGCAAGCCAAGCAACCAGGUGCAGUCGAAGGAUUCUACCGGCACGUGGAGUACAAGGAUGCUUCCGGCUAUAGCGACAGCGACAGCGGGUCUGCGGAAGUCAACAACAAGGAGCGACCUCUUCCGCUUGCGGCGGCAGUCGACUACCAACAGCACCACCAGCAGCAGCACCAGCAGGUUGCCUACCAAGGACCGAGGGUGAGCAAGGAAGAGACCGAGAGACUGCACGCUGACGCCAUCAAGAAGCAGAAGGAGAUCAUUGCUCAGCACGAGGCCUUCAUUGCCAGUCACAAGGCCGGCUUCAAGACCUACACCUACCAGCAGAAUGACCAGCACCAGGUUCCCUCGUCAUCGGAUGAGUCGCAAGAGAAGAAAAACAACAAUAACUACCUUGUCGGCACUUAUUAUCCAGUCAACGUCGUGGGACCAGCUCCAGCUGCUGCUGCUCCUCACAUCACCACCGCCUACUCCACGGGUCAACAGCAGCAACGGGAACGGGCCCAGUUGGCAGAGCAGGACGCCGAGGUGCGGCGACAGAUCCAGGUGGCCAAGGAGCAGGGCCAGUUCGCAGCCCAGGAAGCCAGCUUCAAGUACCAGAACCAGCAGCACCAGCAGGCUGGUGGUCUGGCAGCAGCUGUCGUCAGUAAAAAGGGCGCCACUGUGGCCCACUAUAACGACGAACACCAACAGCAAUACCGGCCCUCGAGCAGUGCUGCAUCCGUUGUUGUGCACCACAACACUAGCCCCGUCCAAUACGUCUACCACAGGUACGCAAGGCCGACAUACACCUACGCCGCAGUUGUUCCCCACGCAUCAGCAGUUCCGCAGUAUCAACAUCAGUACUUUGUCAAGCCAAGUACUUCCGAUGACUCUGGCGAAGAAUAACUAAUGAUCCUCACAGAAUAAAGGAUGAACUGCAUGAUGCUCAGAAUUUGCAACGAAUACGACGAAGAACUCAAUAAUCGACGAAGGCAGGCAUUCCUAUGUCCCCAAUAUGUGAAGACAGAGAAUUUAUGGAAGAUACUGUAUAUCAGUGCAUGGAUGACCGUCUUGUAGGCAUUUUGGAAACUGGUAUUUUUGUGUUGUGUAGCAAUGAAAUGCGAAACCUCGAGCAAUCUCAUCAUCAUCGCGUCAUAUGUCGUCCCUCGCCUAAACUGUUCUUGAUUGUGGCGUCCAAUUAUUUUUGUGACUCAUCUUCGGCAUUCCACGCAAAACAUGCGGAUAUAUACGUGUCAGGUGCGCGAUGAAAUCGCAGAAGUUUUCUAGCAAAAUGUUCCGAUUGUUUGUGACAAGCGCAAUGCAUCGAAUAAAAAAAUUCUUCAUUUCACAACA